AUAAAAGAGUUUGGAGACAAAGAGUAUUGGGACGAAAGAUAUGAGAAGGAUAAGAAAGGAAGACCUCACUUUGAUUGGUAUCAUGGUUGGUACACACUGGAACCAUUCCUGUCGAAAUAUCUCAAAAGAGAAGACUGCAUCAUGAUGUUGGGCUGUGGCAACAGCAAGCUGGGCGAGGACCUGAACGACAAUCACUACACAAACAUUGUAAACAUCGAUUUCUCAGAGGUGCUCAUCGAGGACAUGAAGCAAAGAACACAAGGUCGCACUGGCCUAGAGUACAUCACGAUGGAUGGUCGUCACAUGACCUUUGCCAACGAAUCAUUCGACUCAGUGUUUGACAAGGGCACCAUCGACGCUGUGAUGUGCUCGGACGACGACAACUCAAAUGCACGAAUGAUGAUCGCUGAGGUUGCCCGUGUGUUGCGACCAGGUGGAUUCUUUAUCGUAAUGACCUAUGGCUCACCAGAGUCGCGACUACCCAUCCUGGACGUGCCAUCACUUGGUUGGACCGUCCAUCUCCGACUGGUUGGCACACACAGCGAGGCCAACAUCAAUGAGUGUCAUUAUGUCUACAUCAUGCACAAGCAUCAAGUGGCUGAUUCACCAACAACUGCUCAUAUCGAUCCAAGCAAGGAGGUCUUUGACGUGUACCUGAAUAGUUCAGUUGGCAAGAUUGCACUGGAAGUGACACCUAUCGUCAAG